CACAACGAAGACGAAACGGUUCAACUGGUUACAAAAUGGCGCUUAUGAAAAUUUGCAUAUUUGCUUUGCUCGUGGGGACAACAUUAGCACAGCGCGAACGUGGCAAUUUCCGUGUGGGUGCGGGUCAUCCGCCAUCGCAGCGUCAUUUGCCUCCAAGGACGCGUGAUCCUGUCGAGGAGGCAGCCGCUGCUCCCAGCCGCAAACAGGCCGAGGCUCCGGCGUAUGAGCCCACCGAGGAGUGUCCGGAUGCGAAUGGUUUCUUUCCGGAUAGCAAACAGUGCGAUAAAUACUAUGCAUGCUUAGACGGCGUACACACUGAACGUCUCUGUGCCGAUGGCAUGGUCUUCAAUGAUUACUCGCCCAUCGAGGAGAAAUGUGAUUUACCAUAUAACAUUGAUUGCUCCAAGCGCUCCAAGCUUCAAACUCCACAACCUUCGCAACAUUGCCCAAGGAAGAAUGGUUAUUUUGGUCAUGAGAAGCCAGGCAUAUGCGACAAAUUCUAUUUCUGUGUCGAUGGACAAUUUAACAUGAUCACUUGUCCCGUUGGCUUGGUAUUUAAUCCCAAGACUGGCAUCUGCACUUGGCCCGAUGAGGUCGGCGUCACUGGCUGCAAAUCGGAGGAUAUCUUUGAGUUCCAGUGUCCCAAGGUGAAUGAAAGUAUUGCCGUCACACAUCCACGUUAUGCGGAUCCCGAUGACUGCCAGUUCUUCUAUGUGUGUGUGAAUGGGGAUCUGCCACGUCGCAAUGGCUGCAAACUGGGCCAGGUCUUCGAUGAGGAGAACAAGACAUGUGACUGGGCACGCAAGGUGCCAGAUUGUGCCGACUGGUAUAAGGAUCGCCUAACUGAUGCCAUGCUGGAUGAGCUGGAGAACCCCAAGCCAAAGUCAACGACCACCAAGAGGCCUCCACGUGUGCGUGGCUCCUCAAGACGUAAGCCCAAACCCAAGGUGGUCAAGGAGGAGGAGCCCGAGGAGGAUGAGGCUUAAGCGUUGACUGUUUAACUUUAAGAUUGUCAUUCCUCACAACAAAUAAACGUUGCUAACAAACGUUUCAACUAAAACUU